GUUCAAUUCUCGCUCUUAACGGCGUCGUUCCGUUAAACCUAGUAAUGAAUCAGUUAAUCGUGUGUCUCUCUCUCUAUCCAAUUCCAAUCACAAGUCUCUGCGAAAAAUGAAAAACCCAUACAAAUUGCAAUCGGAAUUCGGAUAAACCCUCUCUUGUCUUCUCAUUCAUGGCCGUCCUCUCUCUUUCUCUCCCUCUCAUCGUCUCCUUCCUCCGCCCUCACGCCUCUCCUCGCUUUUUCCUCCUCCCUCGAUAUCUUUCCCGCCCCCCUUGCCGCCGAUUUCACCGCACCACCGUCUCCGCCGUUUCCUCCAGUGUUCGUCAUCACACAUCCUAUCGUAAGCCCGAUGAUGAUGGCCAUGCCGUCUCUGUUCCUACAUUUCAACAGGCAAUUCAGCGCCUCCAGGAAUAUUGGGCUUCCGUCGGAUGCGCCGUUAUGCAACCUAGCAACACCGAGGUCGGAGCGGGCACCAUGAAUCCUUCCACCUUUUUGAGGGUUCUUGGCCCUGAACCCUGGAAUGUUGCCUAUGUGGAGCCAAGCAUACGUCCCGACGACAGUCGCUAUGGAGAGAACCCCAAUAGGCUUCAAAGACACACUCAGUUUCAGGUCAUCUUGAAGCCUGAUCCUGGAAACUCACAAGACCUCUUUAUCAACAGUCUUUCUGCUCUAGGUAUUGAUGUGACUCAACACGAUAUACGGUUUGUCGAAGACAAUUGGGAGAGCCCGGUGCUUGGUGCUUGGGGGUUGGGCUGGGAGAUUUGGAUGGAUGGUAUGGAAAUCACACAAUUUACUUACUUUCAGCAGGCUGGAAGUCUUCAGUUGUCUCCAGUAUCUGUUGAAAUAACUUAUGGGCUUGAGCGCAUCCUCAUGUUGCUUCAGGAAGUUGACCAUUUCAAAAAGAUCUUGUAUGCUGAUGGAAUCACUUACGGGGAGCUCUUCUUGGAAAAUGAGAUGGAAAUGAGCUCAUAUUAUUUAGAGCAUGCUAGCGUGGAUCGACUUCAAAAGCAUUUUGAUUAUUUUGACGAAGAAGCACGUUCCUUGCUUGCCUUAGGCCUUCCAAUCCCUGCGUAUGACCAGCUUCUGAAGACAUCUCACGCUUUUAACAUCUUAGAUGCUAGAGGAUUCGUUGGUGUAACUGAACGUGCUCGUUAUUUCGGCCGAAUGCGCAGCUUGGCUCGCCAAUGUGCCCAACUGUGGUUAAAGACACGUGAGUCUCUUGGACAUCCACUUGGUGUUGUCUCCGAACAUGUUCCUCCCAUCCAUCACGGAGCAGCUUUGGAAAAUGUAGCUGAAAAGGUUACUGACGAUCCAAGAUCGUUUAUCAUUGAGAUAGGGACGGAAGAGAUGCCACCUCAAGAUGUUAUCAAUGCUAGCGAACAGCUCAGGGUUUUAGUGCUACAGUUACUAGAGAACCAAAGAUUGCGGCAUGGUGUUGUGAAAGCUUUUGGCACACCUCGCAGGCUAGUGGUUGUUGUUGAUGCUCUGUCCUCUAAGCAGCUGGAAGAGGAAGUUGAAGUUCGAGGACCCCCUGCUUCUAAAGCGUUUGAUGAUCAAGGAAUUCCUACAAAGGCUGCAGAUGGUUUUAGCCGUAGAUAUGGCGUUCCAUUGGAAAAAUUGUACAGAAAAGUUUCUGGUGGGUGCAUCUGUAUUAGCAAAUUCUGGAAGACAGAAUAUGUCCAUGCACGAGUUACAGAGCCAGCUCGACUUGCUUUGGAGGUUCUGUCAGAAGAAUUACCUGGUAUGCUGGCUAAAAUAUCGUUCCCAAAGUCCAUGCGGUGGAACUCUUCAGUAAUGUUUAGCAGGCCGAUUCGCUGGGUUAUGGCCUUACAUGGGGAUCUGGUUGUGCCAUUUUCCUUUGCUGGCAACACAAGUGGAAAUGUAUCUUUUGGACUUCGCAAUACUGCUUCAGCAACACUAAUGGAAAGGAAGAAGAUCAUUCUUGAGAAGUCAAAUUUACUAGCAAAAAGUGUUAAUGGGCGCGUUAUUGUCCAGCAGAACUUACUUAAUGAGGUUGCAAAUCUCGUUGAAGCUCCUGUGCCGUUAAUUGGAAAGUUCAAGGAAUCAUUCUUAGAACUACCAGAGGAGCUAUUAACUAUUGUUAUGCAGAAGCACCAGAAGUACUUUUCCAUUACUGAUGAGAGUGGACAGCUAUUGCCUUACUUUAUUGCUGUUGCCAAUGGUGCAAUAAAUGAGGAUGUGGUGAGGAAAGGAAAUGAAGCAGUUCUCAGGGCACGGUAUGAAGAUGCGAAGUUUUUCUACGGGGUGGACACAAGGAAAAGGUUUUCUGAAUUUCGAGAUCAGCUACAGGGAAUUCUAUUCCACGAAAAGCUGGGGACGAUGCUGGAUAAGAUGAACCGUCUAGAAAAGAUGGUACGUAAGCUUUGUUUGGCCCUCGAAAUUGCUGAAGAUCUUCUUCCGGUUGUGGAGGAGGCUGCCUCACUUGCUCUGUCAGACCUUGCAACUGCUGUAGUUACAGAAUUUACUUCGCUGUCAGGAAUAAUGGGUCGUCAUUAUGCUCUCAGAGAUGGCUAUUCAGAGCAGAUUGCAGAAGCUUUGCUGGAAAUUGCACUUCCUAGAUUUUCUGGAGAUGUCAUCCCAAAAACAGAUGCAGGAAUGGUUUUGGCAAUAGGUGAUAGAUUGGAUAGCCUUGUUGGUCUAUUUGCUGCUGGUUGCCAGCCAAGUUCAACAAAUGACCCAUUUGGCCUAAGAAGGAUAUCUUAUGGCUUAGUUCAGAUUUUGGUGGAGAAGGAAAGAAAUGUCAACUUCAAACAAGCUCUAGAACUUGCAGCCAGUGUACAGCCGAUGAAGGUUGAGGCAAACACUUUAGAAGAUGUGUAUCAAUUUGUUACUCGAAGACUGGAACAACUUCUGGUUGAUAACGGAGUAAGCCCUGAAGUAGUUAGGUCUGUCCUAGCAGAGCGUGGAAACGAUCCUUGUCUGGCAGCACGAACUGCAUACAAGUAUAAGACUCUAGAAACCAGAGUGAACAUUGGUAUUGGUAUUGGUAUUGGUAAGGAAGGUCGGCAGAAAUUGACUCAAAACAUAGUGAUUUUGCCAUUCAAUGCUAACAUAGCUGGCGCUUUUGCUGAUGCGUUGCAGAUGGAAAAGCUAAGCAAAGGUGAUAUCUUUCCGAAGAUAGUUGAAGCAUAUUCUCGUCCCACACGCAUUGUCCGUGGGAAAGAUGUUGAUGUUGGAGUUGAGGUGGAUGAGGGUGCAUUUGAGACAUCCCAAGAGAAAGAGUUGUGGAGCACUUACACCUCUAUCAAAGACCGAAUUCACAUUGGCAUAGAAAUCGAGGAGUUCACUGAGAUAUCCACACAGUUGCUGGAUCCGCUGGAGGAUUUCUUCAACAAUGUGUUCGUGAUGGUGGAGGAAGGAAGAGUGAGGAAGAACAGACUCGCUCUUCUCAAUAAGAUUGCCAAUCUUCCCACAGGAAUAGCCGACCUCUCAUUUUUGCCUGGUGGAAUAAAGAUGGACUACUCAUCCCCGCCGCCGUCAAUGGGUGCUCAAUCUCCGCAAGUAGUGAUGGAACAGAUGCAGUCGCAGCUCGCUCAGGCUUACGCGGAGGAGUUCAUCGAGACACUCAGAGGAAAGUGUUUCGAUAAAUGCAUAAGCAAGCCUGGAUCAAGCCUUGGCAGCGGCGAGAGUAGCUGCAUCUCUAGAUGCGUUGAUCGUUACAUUGAGGCCACCGGAAUCAUCAGCCGAUCUCUUUUCGCCCAGAAACGUUGAUGGAAACAGUCUUCGAUUUUUCAUUAUGGAACGAAGCUAUUUUUUACUUGUCGAGUCUCUUUGUGUGUCAUUAAGACCAUCAUCAUCAAGGUUUGGUUUUGAUUUUAGACGAAUGCUAUAUAACGUACAACAGAUUUGACAAACAAUCUACGCUUAUUUCUUAUCAUCUCAUGCCCAUGCCUGACAAGUUCUUUAGUAGAUUGUCUGCCAUUGUUCCAACUUCCAAUUUAGUUUAGCUUCUCGGAUUUAUAUUUUGGGGUUUUUGCGAUGAUGAAUUUGUUUUUAAUUAUGUCUGGAGAUAUGAUGAGAUUAUUCGAUCA